CUCACCUAAGACUUGUUUUCAUUGAGCUCAGCUGAUCUUCUUGAGUCUCGACCUUUGUACCUUUGAACGAUCGUACGCUCUUCCAUUAUCCUCUAUCACGCUGGAAACCGGCCUAAAAAGCUUCUUUUUAUAAUUGUGCAGCAAUUCAAAGUGGAAAAGAAUAAAGUCAUUAUUUAAUUUCAAGUUUAAAAAGUGUUGUGAAGAAGCGACGUUGUCCUGGGAUCUUGGUUUUGGGGCAGCAGCUCGGGGUCCGUCUGCGUCUAGUCUGGAAUGUGGUGGUUCCAGAGAUCCGCCACCUGCUUAUUUUGAGGGAUUCAGCCCAUGUGUCUGCAGGAUAGGCCUGUUUGGUAGACCUGCAUUGCAAAUAUAAGCUCCAUGGCUGCUCCUCCGAAGCCGUGGGAACGGGGGACGAACGUCAUCCUUAACCAGAGGCAGUCUUCCUUUCAUCCUGAUCUUGGGUUUUCUUCUCAAAACACUGGUGGUGGGGGAACUGCUCAGUAUGAUAGUCGUCCACCGCUACCACCGAGACCAACUACAUACAGUAGUAAUAGUACUUUGUCAAGGCCAUAUUACAGUAACUACAACUCCUAUUCUCCAUUUAGCAGCUAUGGAGGAUCCAUGUUCGGGGGAUAUGGAAGUUACGGUGGCUAUGGUCAAUAUGGGUCAAUGGGAAGUAGUUUACCAGAUGAAAACAGAUUUAUCCAGGUUGCAGAGGACAGCUCUCGUCAAGCAUUCCAAAGUAUAGAGAGCAUUGUCCAUGCUUUUGGUUCUGUGAGCAUGAUGUUAGAAUCUACUUACCAUGCUGUGUAUAGCUCGUUUCGUGCAGUAUUGGGAGUUGCAGAGCACUUUUCCAGAAUGAAGUCACAUUUUGCUCAAAUAUUUUCUGCGCUUGCUGUUGUGAGGACUUUAAAGUGGAUUAUGAAAAAACUUCUCUAUAUUAUUGGUUUAAGGUCCCAAGACCCGAGCUUAGAAGCAGCAUGGCGCAGUACAGCCACUACUGCAGCAACAUCUCUAACCGAAGCGGACCUGAAACAGUCGAGGUCUUCGUGGCCCAUUGUUAUGUUUUUAGCUGUGGUUUUCGGUGGUCCAUACCUCAUCUGGCACCUGUUGUCAUCUUUAGUACCCUCUGGUGCUUCUCAAGGGUCUCAGAAGUGGCAUAAAGGCUACAGUGAUCACUAUGCAGCUGUAUCUUUAUACAGUUUCCAGGCUGCAAGUAAAAAGGAACUUUCUAUCCAAACUGGACAGAACCUGUUUCUAGCUCCCAAAGAUCUUCAGCCCCAAGUGCGAGGAUGGCUUCUUGCAUCUAAUGGAAAAGAAAUGGGCUUAGUACCUGCCAACUACCUCAAAAUUUUAGGCCUUAGAAAAGGUUCAUCACAUCAAGGUACAGCAAAUGCACCAAGUAUGACUGGGUCAAGAGUUGCUCCUGGAAUUCCAAGUAUGCCGGUGUUGAAGCAAAGCAAACAGCAGUUGCCAUCACUCAGUGUUGCAGAGAACUCAGAUCCUGCUUUAAUGAACCAGAGUCCUUCUGGGGGCCCUGCACCAAAUAGUAGAAGAUCAGAAAUUAGGAAAAAGAGUUUACUAGAUAUAGGUAUACCUGAGCAACACUUACCUUUGCUUCAAAAAAUGGGCUCACCGGAAACCCCACAGAACAUGGGUGGACCUGGGAGGUCAACCGUUUCAGGGCAACAAGUGGAGGGAUCAGGUGCUUUGCCAAACUUUGUCACUGGAAAACCAGAUGUUUCGGGAGAGAGGGGUCAGGAAGAGACUGUGGAAAGUAGGUCGACUCCUGUUAUGGGUGAAGAAAUUAAGGGAAAAGACAUUUUACUAGACAUUGAAGCUGCGGAACUAGACAAGAGAAGUGACGCCUCGGCAAACAGAGGAAUGCCAAAUGGUUCAUUUUCAACAAAAAGUCAGUUGGUGCAUGCAAGUGAUACAAUGGAACAAGACAUAAGUGUUCUAGUUGGAGUGGAAGAAACAGGGGAGUGUAUAAGCACUGAUAAGGCUGGAGGAAAUGAUGAAAGUUUGGAUGAAAAAGGUGAGAAUAGUGGAAAUGAAUAAAUGUGGUGAAUUUUUUUUUUAACAUUUACGUGUAUGUAUAUUUUAUGAAACUAGUCAUACAUAUCUGUUUUGAGCAGUAUAAUAAACCAAGGUGUGUUUUUCUAUUGGAUUUUAUCUUAGGAGUUGGAAUGUGAACAACUCCAUUGUUCAACUGGUUUUCUGCCAUAACCUUGCACCAAGUUUGAAAACAGACAGCUUGAAAAUACGUGUCUUUUAGACUGUGGAAUUGCUAACUGUAACCAGUCUAGUUUCCAUGUGGCAGGAAAAGUAACCAGUAGAGCUUUUUCCUCACUGUAUUUUGUUGAAUUGUUUAUAUGGUUACCAGGAUUUUUAACAUUCUAAGCAAAUAUGACUUUUUGUUAGAUUAAAAUUUCAAGUGCUCUAUACUUACAUAUACUCAAUUUUAAAGUGCUCUUAAGUACACUAUACAGGCUGAGAAUUUUGUGUUCAGGAUUUAAGAGGGAAUAUUUUUUGUUCAGUGAAUGAGUCAUUCAGGAAAUCUAGUACUAGUACCUAUUCAGGAGAUUGUAUUUUAUGAGAAUUCAGCUAAAAAAACCAAUCUAGAAAGUGUGAAAUACUCUAGUACUGUGUACAUAGUAUUGUGAUGUUUCUUCAUUGUAGGGCAUUACUGCUAUAGUUUAUGUGUAAUCUUUACACUUCAUGGAAGAACAAGUAUUACCUAUCUGCGAUUUUGCUUUUCAGAAUUUUGAAAGGUUCCUAAUUUAGAAUUGCAUUGCACUUUAAAAUGGUUUAUGCCCACCAUUAUUAUUCCAUAUAUUUAUAACUGCCUUUACAUACUGUGAAGAAUUGAGAUAAAUGAGUUCCUUCCUAAAAAGAUGCAGUUUUUAUAGAUUCAUUCCAAAAUAAUUAGUGACUAAGUUUUGUGCUAUUGUAAAGAGGGAUUUUGGACAUCAUUUGUGAAUAUUGUGACCUAAUAAAACCCCAUUUUGCAA